CUUCCCAUAAUCCACUUCUUCAAGAGCGCUUCCUGGUACAGCCUGUAAGCGCGCGCUCAGCAGCACAGCACGGGUUUCGAAGAAACGGACGAUCGCGCGCAUUGAAUGUGUCUGUGUUUCAACUCAGUUUACUCUACAUUUAUCUUACAACAUCAGAAUGCCUAAGUCAAAGGAAGUACUGUCUUCUUCCUCAGACAGUGACUCUGACAGUGAAGUUGAUACGAAGGCCAAGAGAAAGAAGCAGACAACACCAGAAAAGCCAUCAAAGAAACAAAAAAGUGGAGAAACUUCAAAAGUGUCAUCUGCCUCCAAAAGCAGCAGCAGCAGCAGUAAAAAUGAUAAUAUGUUCCAGAUCGGAAAGAUGAGGUAUGUGAGUGUCCGGGACUUCAAGGGGAAAGUGCUGAUUGAUAUCCGGGAAUACUGGAUGGACCAGGAAGGUGAAAUGAAACCAGGCAGGAAAGGUAUUUCACUGAACCCAGAGCAGUGGAACCAACUGAAGGAGCAGAUAAGUGAGAUUGACGACGCUGUGAAGAGAAUAUAAGACAUGCCUGCAGUUCACUGGCAGUCUGGAUGCUUUUUUUUUAAAGAUUCUCACUCUACAGUUCUUCUUCUGAUGCCCUCCAAAGUCCAAACACAGUUUCUACACUUUCUCUGAAUCAGUCAAGGGACAGGUCAAAGAGACCUGAUUUCAGACACACUUUAUUUAUUUUGUCCUCCUUGUUACACGUUACAUGUACUGUAAUAAUAUCGGUAAAUUAUGCAUAAUUACAUGUAAGGCUGCCCCCUAAUAGUCGACUAACUGUUAGUCGUUUAGAAGAGGCUUGGUCCAGCAAGAUUUUAUUAGUUAAUUAGUUAUAUAUUUUAUAUAUAUAUAUAUAUAUAUAUAUAUAUAAUAUGCAAUUAAAAGCUGGUUAUUAUGAUUCAUGGCUUAUUAAUGUAAACUCACGAUUAGUCGACUAAUUGCUUAAAUGAACGACUACUUGUCGAAUAGUUGGGGGCAGCCCUAAUUACAUGCAACUAACCCUAAAGAAAACCCUAUUCCUAAUCCUAACCCAAAAGUAAGCACAUAUUGCUAAUUAAUAUUACUUAGUAUUUAAAUGUAGUACAAUUACACUGUAACAAGGACACCUUAAAAUAAAGUGUAACCAAAUUGCGUAGUUACUACGUUUUUGCCUUUAUAGUAGAGCGGCAUGCUUCACAAGGAAAAUGUGGUGACCAGCACACUUUGUAUGUAUAUUUUAGAUUAGGUUUUAUUAAAGUAGUUAUUCAUUGUAUUUUUCUUUUUUUAUUUGAGAGUUUCAUGGUUGGGGUUUUAAAGGGGUUUUGCUAGAGAUAUAGGGUGAGAGUUUGUGCCCUUCAUUUUCAAUAAAGAUGAAAAAUUAACACCUCAAA